CAUGCGCGCCGCCCUCACCCUGCCCGGAGCCAAGCGUGAGCCCAAUGGCACCGGCGUCUUCCUCCCUCUCGGCCGACCAGUGUCCCCGUGGAGCCCAGAAGAAAACAGGUUCGUCUACCCAAGGCCACCGAGAUCCUCCGUCCAGCCAAAGGCACAAAUGAUUCAACAUAGCUACUGUUUUAUGGGGUAUUUUUCUUAUCUUGAUGAAUCAGUCUGCUCGCCGUCAAGCAUUUUGUAUGAAUCAGUGUGUUCUUACAUAAUUGCAGCACUUUUGCAACAAUUGCAGGAGCCACACGCGUCCUUGUGAAGCUUGACAUGGGCUUGUAUCUUCAAGGUUUUUGUGUCGGCAUGUCGGCUUGGACUUACUGAGAUGUUCUGUGCAUUAAUUUUCAUCAUAUUAGCCCUGCUAGCUAGCACUAGAGUACUGUUGAACGGUGACCCUGGACCUCCUAUUUGGCAUAGACGAUCACAGAAGAUGAGGCGUGAUAUACAAUCAAUGCAUUGGAAAUGCAAAGGAGUA